CUUGAAACUUUGUGACGUCUUUUCCUGUAAUAUCGCUCCGAGAAGAGGGCAAAAUGGGACGGUAUUCUCGCGAGCCUGAUAAUGCGACCAAGUCGUGCAAAGCACGCGGUUCAAACCUCCGGGUGCACUUCAAGAACACUCAUGAAACAGCUCGUGCUAUAAAGGGUAUGGCUCUGCGUCGUGCCCAGAGGUAUCUGAAAAGUGUCAUUGAACACAAAGAAUGUGUACCAUUCCGCAGAUUUAACGGUGGUGUAGGAAGGUGUGCUCAGGCUAAACAGUUUGGCACCACUCAAGGUCGUUGGCCGAAAAAGUCAGCAGAAUUUUUGCUGCAACUUCUGAAGAAUGCAGAGAGUAACGCUGAUUUCAAAGGUGUUGAUGUAGACCGAUUGGUUGUCGAACACAUUCAGGUCAAUCGUGCCCCAUGCCUUCGCAGAAGAACUUACAGAGCGCAUGGUCGUAUCAAUCCUUACAUGAGCUCUCCUUGCCACAUAGAGGUCGUGCUCACUGAAAAAGAGGACGUGGUUGCAAAAGCCACCGAGGAGGAACCAUCCAAGAAGAAGCUGAGCAAGAAGAAGCUUGCCCGUCAAAAAGAGAAGAUGAUGAGGGAAUAAAUAAAAUAGCAUUAUCGACUUUACAAUACGAGAUCAAAUGUAUACUACCUUUGGUACAAUAAAAUCUUACUUUGUUCUCA